AUGGCGGAUCAUGAACUCCCAGACGACGGCUCCAAGAAGGCAACGGAACACAUCCAACAUGUGGGGAAUGCUCGAGGCUCAUUAGCCGCGGGGAAAGCGGUCGCUCAACAGCAGCUAACAGCUGCGCUGACAAGGACGGAUAGGACCAUCCGGCGAUUAGAUAUUCUCCUCUCAACCGCCAGCGGACAAGAAAGGGCGCUGGCGACGAUAAACUACGUGGCGUCUAUCCUCCACCACGUCUGCAAAUCGAAGACAUGGCACGCUUUCCAGAAUCAACUCCUCGUUCUUGGUCGGUUCCGGUCUUUCUCGGCGCUAUCGACUGAUAAAACUCCCCCGGCGGCUGCCAGAUGGGCAGCCCUCUCUUCUCUCGCGUCAGAGACACGAUAUAAUCUUCGCCUCUUUGGCCUGUUGCCUCUAUGGGUUUGGGGCUCACAAACACUCAAGAAUCCACCUUCUGAUCCCAUCCUCCGCACCUUGACUAUGCUUCAGGUGGUGUCGAACGUCGUUUACCAGCUUCUCGAGAACGUGGCAUACCUCUCCUCCAAAGGUGUCGUCCCAAAGCGUCUCAUUGAAAAGUAUGGCAGUAUCGACAAGUGGUACAUCUGGAGCACGCGGGGCUGGUUUGGGCAUAUUUUCCUCCAGUUCUUCGUCUUGUGGCGACAGCACAUCCUACGCAGGAGACGAUUGGCAGCCCAGCGUCAGGCUGCUACCGAUAUUGAGGGUAAGGCGGAGGUCGAUGCACAAUCCCAGGAAUCCCUGCGGCUAGAAAUUCGCACAUGGCGCAAGAGCCUCGUCAACAACACUGUGUGGGCUCCAUUGUGCUUGCACUGGUGUUUGGAACAGGGCAUCGGAAUCCCUGAGAGUCUGACGGGCGUGAUCAGUUUCAUGGCUGGGGCGUGGGCUCUACAUGAUGCUUGGGCUGCCACUGCGAAGGCGUAG